AUGGCAUCCCCGGCCGUACCGGCGAGUGUCCCUGCUGCCACUGCGGCCGCAACCCCUGCGCCGGCUGCCACCGCAGCCCCGGCUGCUGCCCCGACAGCGCCCACGCCGGCUCCGGUGCCGGCUGCGACUCCCGCUGCCGCCCCGGCUCCCGCCUCGUCCUCCGACCCUGCGGCCGCUACGCCUGCCGCUCCGGGCCAAACCCCGGCAUCCACGCCAGCCCCUGCGCAGACGCCGGCGCCUUCACAGCCCGGGCCCGCCCUCCCUGGGCCUUUCCCCGGCGGCCGCGUGGUCAGACUGCACCCGGUCAUUUUGGCCUCCAUCGUGGACAGCUACGAGCGACGCAACGAGGGAGCUGCCAGGGUUAUCGGCACCCUGCUGGGAACUGUUGACAAGCACUCAGUGGAAGUCACCAACUGCUUUUCAGUGCCACACAACGAGUCAGAAGAUGAAGUGGCUGUUGACAUGGAGUUUGCUAAGAAUAUGUAUGAAUUGCACAAAAAAGUCUCCCCAAAUGAGCUCAUCCUAGGCUGGUAUGCGACAGGCCAUGACAUCACAGAACAUUCCGUGCUGAUCCAUGAGUACUACAGCCGGGAGGCCCCAAACCCCAUUCACCUCACUGUGGACACAGGUCUGCAGAAUGGGCGCAUGAGCAUCAAGGCUUAUGUCAGCACAUUAAUGGGUGUCCCUGGGAGGACCAUGGGAGUGAUGUUCACACCUCUCACAGUGAAGUAUGCAUACUAUGACACCGAACGCAUUGGCGUCGAUCUCAUCAUGAAGACAUGUUUUAGCCCCAACCGGGUGAUUGGACUCUCAAGUGACCUACAGCAAGUGGGAGGGGCCUCAGCUCGCAUCCAGGAUGCUCUGAGCACUGUGCUGCAGUAUGCUGAGGAUGUGCUGUCUGGAAAAGUGUCUGCUGACAACACUGUGGGCCGCUUCUUGAUGAGCCUGGUUAAUCAAGUACCCAAGAUCGUUCCUGAUGACUUUGAGACCAUGCUCAACAGCAACAUCAAUGACCUGCUGAUGGUGACCUACCUGGCCAACCUCACCCAGUCACAGAUUGCCCUCAACGAGAAACUUGUAAACCUGUGAAAGAGCCCCAAGAGGCUCUUGUGCUGGUCUUGGUUUCCACCACAGGACUAGGCUGAAGUGGAGGCAAAGGGUGUCUUUGUGUCUUGAGUCACAAUGACUCAGUCAGCUGCUUGGGACUCCUAAUAAACAUAGCCUACCUUUUGUAAAUGAACUUUAUCUGAUGUGACUUUAUUGUUGGCUGGGAGAAAGAAAAAUGUUGUUGAGCUCAUACAGAAGACAGAGAGUGAGCAUUGGAGGAGACGCUGGUUAAGUGUUGGCAUGACUCAUCAGCAGUAGUGCACCCACAGCCCAGGCUCUGUUAGCUUCACCCGCGCCACACAGACGGCCUUCUUGGCACAGUGGCUUUAUAGUCAUACUGUUUUUACUCUCAGGAUCAUAGCAAAUGGAAUCUCCAAAAUUGGUAUGUGUGUGUGUUUCUUCAUUUUUUUUGCCCUCCUUAGCAUCUUACCGGAUGGCAGUCCAGGGGUUGUCUUGUGUACAAUCUGGAGGAACUUGGAGAUGUGCUAAUGAGCCUGAACAGAAGGAAAAAAGGAUGGGCGCACCCCUCAGCCCUGGGACCCAUGAGCCCAUCUUCACGGUGAGGAAUAUCUGCUUUAGCGGACUAUUUGAUCUGGAAAGGUGUGCUCAUACAGACACAUAUAUAUGAUAUGCAUGUGCCUAACCAAACCAAAAGCCAAAGAAUGCUGAACUUAAAAGGCAGUAGUGGUUGGUCACCUUAGAGGUGGAGGGAGGUGGACAAGUAGAAGCAAGCGCAGGUAGUGACUGGUCUGGUGUGAUAGUGGCAGGUUAAUGCAUCUAAAUAGAGCCAGGUAUGACUUGAUGAUGGUGUGUUUUUCAUUAUCGCCCAGUUUGUUCUAGACAGCAGACAUUGUGUUUAAAUGAAAGAAAAUACAUUGAAAACAAUGUGGAAAAGAGGGUUUUUGUUUUUUAAUGUUGUCUAGUUGAUACAGUGGAAGAAAUGAAAAUGCUAAUGAGAAGCUCAGGACUGUGCCUUGGUAGAAUGCCUAAGGUGCAUGAAACUCUGGAACGUGGUGGGGGGGGGGUCCCCAUAAAAUUGGGUGUGAUGGCACACUUGUAAUCCCAGCCAGGGAAGUAGGGAGCAGGAAAAUCAAAAAUUGAAGCUUACCCUCAUCUUGUAUGAGUGUGACAGCAAAUAGAACACAGGCAAUUACACAAAGACAGCGUAUUCUCAAUGAAAAUGUAAGUUGCGUAUCUGUCACAAUUACAGUAAAAUGCGAAGAUAAUUAGAUCUGGACAAGCUGUUUCUAAACGUUUAUGUGAAAAUAAAAAUGUCUUCCAAAACCCUGUC